GAUAAACGAGAUGAGGCAUUGGCAAGGCGUACAACCUUGCUUUGCACAGUUGCUCAAGACUGUACAGGCGGACAAUUUUCUUUUUCUCUAUCUUCCUUCAUCCUCUCCUCUCAAUACGAGAAAAUUCCUUCGGAUCAUGGCUACCGGUUUGGUAUCAUGAUCUGAUUAGCAUGUUUAUUGUUUGUUCAUUCAUCGUCAAGUUUUGCAUGCCAUUAAUUUUUCUCUUUCUACACCAAUGAAGAGAUCUCGUUAUCAUUCAUACGCAAACUGUACAUUUGUCAUAUCUCGUCUCAUUUUUCAUCGUCAAUUCGCAUUUUUCUCUCAAACAAAUCGUCCAAACAAUCUCAAAAAUUCAUACAGGGAUCUCUUUCUUCUUGCGCAAAGGCCUGGUUUGCAUACUCAACUUUCAACUCAAGUUGAUGAAAUUUACAUAAUAUAUAUAUAUAUAAACAUUCUCUUUAUCUGCACACAUAUCCAUUCAUUUUCUUAUAUCCACACCAAGUCGAAUCGAAUUUCUAUGUAGUCUUGCUUUGAUUUGAACCAAUAAAAGGUGCCUGAUAAA